AUGUCUCGUGCUGGAUUGUGGGCUAAGGUCAUCAUUGGUGGUAUCGCCCUCUCUGUCGGCGGUCCUGCCUUUGUGGAAUACAUCCGACCCACGGACGAAGAACUCGUGAAGCGAUACAAUCCGGAUCUACAGAAGCGAAGUGCCGAGCAGGGCGACCGCCGUGCACAGGAAUUCGAUGAUUACGUCAAGAAAUUGAAGGAAUGGUCCAAGUCGGAUAAGUCAAUUUGGUUCGCAGCGCAAGAAGAGCUCGAUCAGAAGCGUGCUUUGGCCGAAGCCCAAAAAGCCAAGGCAAAGGAAGAGACUCGAGUACAACGGGAGGAGAUGCGUAAGGAGAUGCUGGGCAAGGAAUAG